AUGGCGCUCCUCAACCCGACCUUCGUCUUCGGCCUCUUCGUCCUGCUAUAUAUCUCGUCCUUUGUACUCUUCGCCGUUCUUCGCAUUCUGACCGGCAUAUCGAUACAGCGGAUCGGCUACUUCUCCCUGCGGCGCCUGGCUUACACUCCAAGGGAUGGCGUUAAGUUCGAGAUCCGCGGCCUCGGGCUCCAUGUACACCGCCCAACCUUUUCGCAGCCAACAUGGCUAAGCAUUGUCGUCAGCGAGCUUGUCGUCACUCUCGACAUUAAGGAGCUAGACGGCCAGAAAUUGAACGCAUCGGGACCCGACGAGAAUGAGGACGCCGGCAGUCGAAAUGGGAUCGGCGACCCUCUCAAAGCCGUACCAAAGCUCCCGCCUUCGAGGAGAGGGACCUUCGAUGCUCGUAGCGCCACUUGGAAGCAGCUUACCAAAGCGAAGGAGCGUCUAAAGAAAUUACACCGCAAUGUUCGCUGGAUACGAAUGGUCGAUGUCGUAGCAACAGAUUCUGCUGUUCAUGUGGUGGAUGUGGGCAAAGUUGAAUUUGGGAGCUUCACAAUCGCUUUGGAUACGAGACGCCGACUCGUCGAUCGCGCCCGAUUUUUCUUCCAGUCCAGGGCAGAGAAGCGGCUCCAGAAACAACCUGCUGAAUGGAUCGUGACUUUGAAGAGUAUUCUUUUUACCGCCAAAGGUGGCGAGGCUAUCGAAGUUCUUGAUAGCGCCACCUUAAACGUCCACGGGUUUUUGUACGAUAAUAUGGACGGCCUUCGAGAUGCUGCUAUCGCAUUGAAAUUUGGCCGAGUGCAUGUGCCCUACGACGAUAUUCAAUUUUGUGUUGAGGCGUCUAAAAGGCUACGGCGGCGGCAUGCGAGCUUUCACAAGCAGGCAUAUUCAAUUGAGAUCCCUGUUAUGGGUCAGAGUUCCCUGGAUAAUGUCAUCCGAGAGAUAGAGGAACCCGGUAGUACAGACUCAGACCUGAUGCAGACUGUCUCUGAUUCCAAAGAGUUUGUAAGCUCUAUCCUUCGUGGUAUCAAGGAGGUUCAAUUCGCAGUGAGCUUCGUCUCUCUCACAAAGAAGGUACACACUGUCCAGUCGACUGGCUCACCUCUGCUACUUAAUGCAUCAAUGAAGGAGGUUGGCAUUGACUUGCACCGACUGGAUCCCAAGUCCCCGGCGCAUCGCAUGUAUUUCCCAUCUAAUGCUAUAGCGCACGAGGCUUUGGCGGCAGCCCUCUCUAUAUCCAUUGGACUCGAUGAUGGCCAAGGCAAACCAGAAAGAAUAGUGUAUGUGCCAAUGGCUACUACAACUAUGAAAACCACAUUGCCAUCGAAGACAGUUGAGCUGUCAGAAGAUAGAAGCGCCGAAGAAAGAAAUGCCAACAUUCUUUUUGCCAACUCCGUUGUUACCUCACCCAGUGUUGAUUUAGACCCUAAACGUCUUCCUGUGCUGCUCGCCCUCCUCCAGCCCAAACCCAAGCCUCCAAAAGUGCGCUCACCACAUAGACACAGACUUAUUUCUCGGCUCCUUCCUAAGGCUAACAUCAAAUUUUCGAUGCACGAACCGGUUCUCAGGAUAGCAUUGCCCCCAGUUCAGAAGACAGACGAUCACGACGAUUUCGAUCUUAUUAUUUCGUCUAUUUCAUCUAUUUCGAUAGAUCUCGAGUCUUUUCACUCUGCUGUAGAAGACGUGCAUUAUUCGUUGGCUUCGUCGAUGCGCAUACAAACCCACCAUCUAUAUUACCAGACAACACAGGGCAAUCGCUUUGAUCUUAUUGACACAGAUUCUUUUGACCUCAAAGUACAGUUAUCAGCAGCACCUGAUGUUCAUGUUGUCGCAAAUGGCCAUCUUCAAACAUUCGCCAUUCGAAUGACGCGACCCGAAAUCACCAAAGGCAUACGUCAGAUCAUUCGACAACUCAAACUCAAAGUUGAACCUGACAAGCGCGCGGGCUCGAAAACGCUGAGGCCACGGAACAUCUUACGAGCUCUACCACAGUGGUUCCUACACUUUUCAGUUCAAGUAGACGAUUUCAGUGCCGAAAUAACAGGUGUUGAUAAUGAUUUUCCUGGAACCACGCGCGGCGUAGUCCUCCAGGUAGAUACAUGGUCAGCUGAAUAUCGAGCCCAGAGGAUAAAUCAUGCACGACAGCGGCCUGUGUCCAGAAGACGAGCAGCAAGCCGACCAUUAGUACCUGAUCCAGAUAUAUUAAACUCUGUAUCCGCACCAUCGUCUCCCCGUAAAAAGCCGCAGCAUGAUGGAGAUGGACGGCGGAUUGCAAUCCAUAUCAGGGGUCUGGAGGCUUUUGUGAUGGAAGCGCCCGACAAAUGGGAAGUUGAGCCAUUUAUUCACAUGCCUCGCUUCGAGGUUGCUUUCUCAACCCACAGUGAUUCGCACAGUCCAAUUCUUCAUGUUCAGUCCCAUUUGCGCAGCCUCCUUAUUCAAUACUCGCUUUUUCGCCAUUAUUCGGUCGGCGUUGCUAUCAUGGUUCUGCGAAGGGCAUUUGCGAAAGAUCCUCAGGAUUUAACACCGUUGAGCCCACGACAUAAUCAGAUUCCCGUUACACUAUUGAACCCCGCGUCACCAUGGCCGGGAAGUGCAGAUGCAUCUCCAAAGUCUGUCAAAGAGGUGGUAACAGUUGAUUGCAAGGCUACCUUGAUCCAAGUCAAGGCCGAAAUGCCAGCUGAUCCUCCACUUAUGAUGCAAAUAUAUGGCAUGGAGGCUGGCCGCCAACGUUGGUUACCUCCAUAUUUCGCCUCAAAGUUGAUACGUCUGUAUGCUGGUGCUCCUAGAAUGUUAGGCGUUUGGGCUCGGGUUGCAAGCAUAAAAUCAUUCCGCUUAGACUACCGAGAAUCACGAAAAAAGUCAUCCAAUGGAAGCUUUCAGGAUGACAGGAUGGUUGACGUUGUGACAGAGGCUAUCAGGCUUGCUGUUCCUCACGAGCUCAUCAUAAAUAAGAUCUCGGACAAUUUCAUUAAUGUCAUUAAAGCAAGCCAGCAGCUUCAUCAUCGGUUCAAGACCGGUACCAAUGAGUAUAUUCUCGAGAAACUGCCCGAAAAACCGAAGAAUGUUCCUAAAAUAUCCCUAAGGACUCGUAACUUGAUGCUCGAACUAGAGGACGGAGCGUUUGAGUGGAAGCUGGGCAUGAUAUACAGAGCCGGUCGCGUGGAACAACAGCAACGGAUUGCUCGUGAAGAUGCUUUCCAUGUGAAGGUAAAGAAAAUACAGGAAGAGGACUUGAGAAGAAAUCCAGCCCGUUUUCGCAAUCGCUCAGUGAUGACACGAGGUCGAGAUACAAACGGGAGUUCGUGGGGACGCAGCAAAAGUGAAGACCGCCUAACAAAGCAUAGUCGUGAUGAAAGAUCCCACAGUGAGGCUCCACGGAGUCGAAAUCCGCGGUAUAACCCGGAUGGUCUUCGUGAUAUGACAGGUAAUGCGCAUAUCACUAUACAAGAGGCGAGAACGAGACUACACGAACACAACGCACAAAGCUGGAAAAAGCGCAUAGACCGUCAUUUUCACUUGGCACGACAACAGAUUCACGACUCUCGGAGCUUGUUUUGGGGAAGUGACCAGGUUCCUGACGAUCUUGAAGACACAGAAAGAAUACUUGAGGUGCCUCAGCGGCCUGCACUCAUGGCUACAACUAUUCACGAGCUCCAUGUUCUCAUCGAUAAACCAUCCUUCCCAUUAAACGAGCUUCCGGAGUUUCUCCACCAAGUCGGUAAAGGGAUGCCAAAAAAUAUGCAGUAUUCGCUCCUCAUUCCAAUGAAUAUCCAGAUUGCAAUGGGCGAGGCAAAAGUCACUCUACGAGAUUACCCUCUCCCAUUACUUCAUGUUCCACCCCUAAGGCCCAGUCAGCCAUCUAAGUUCCCAGCAUUAUUUCUCAAAACAGAUUUUGUCAUAGCCGAAGAAUUUCGAGGCCACGAGGCUUCUCGAAGGAUAAGAGUUCAGAUCACCCCUCCUAACAAUCCGGAACCCGGUCUGCCGAAUGGUAGCUUUGCCAUAGAUGUGCGGCGUACUAUUGGCCCGGUCAAGUCAUAUUCCGAUAUGUAUGUGGAUCUCAACACAGCUGAUCCAACUCGGAUCACAUGGGGUCCUUCAUAUCAACCUGCCAUUCAAGACAUGAUGAUGGUUAUUGAAUCGUUUACAAAACCUCAGCUUGAUCCAUCUGAGCGUGUCGGAUUUUGGGACAAGAUCAGGUUGAAUUUCCACUCCCGGGUGAGGGUCGCAUGGAAAGCAGGUGGUGAUGUACAUCUUGCCCUGAAGGGUUCCAGAGAUCCAUAUGCAGUCAUUGGGAACGGCGCUGGAUUCCUGAUGUGUUGGCGUAAUAACGUCAAGUGGAAUAUUCACACAGAUGAUGACCCAAAGAAGUUCAUGACGGUAGAUAGUGGUGAAUACGUCCUUGCGGUACCCGAUUUCAGCCACCACGUCAGACGAGAAGCGCACAGGAUACACGAGGGUGACAGCGUUACCAGCGACUCUGAUUCUAAAUCCGAAGUAGCUUUCAAAAAAGUCAUCAUGAAGCUAUCAGGUAAUGUUCAGUGGAUGGCUGGACUUGUGUUUGAACGCGCUAUCGUCGAUGGAAAGCGAGACUUUAGUUUCAAACCACAUUAUGAUGUGAUAUUGAAAGCCCCGAUGUAUGCCAAAUCCGCUGAUGAGGGGAUUCCAUAUGAUGCCUUCCGUGGCUUCAGAAGUCAGCAUAUACAUCUUUCCGUUGCUGUUAAAGCACCAAUUGACCGGGAUUGGGCAUCAUCCGAAUCCCAGCCACCAACUAGGAGUUACAAUACCGUGCACCUAACUCCAAGGUUCUUCACUCACUUCUUCGCAUGGUGGUCACUUUUCAGUGGGCCUAUGUCACUCCCCAUUCGUCAAGGCUCUCUUUGGCCUGGAAGAGAAAAGAACAGUAAGAAGUUUGGAAGACAUUUGGGCACAAUCAAAUACAACCUUCUUCUUGCACCCUUGUUCCUGAGCCAUAUGUACAAGCAUAAAGACGCCGAGAACUACUCCGAGAAUGACGUGUCAGCCACAGGCAUCAAAGUCAGAUUUGAUAGCUUUAUGCUGGAUAUCCACCAGCGCCGUGAAGAGUUCAACACGCGAGCUGUUGAUGUAAAGUCUGCCAAAGCCAACAGUAGAACCACCGGGAUGAAAAUACAUGCUGCCCAACUUGAUCUUUUGUCAGCGGAUGUCCGUGCUGUUUCUGCUAGUAUCAGGGGCACCACAGCCGAGGCAGUAAAGAAGAAUUCGCUUUCAACCUUGUUUGCGCAACAAGAUCUAGAUGAUACCGCUGAUCUUUCACAUUUCACCAUCCCAGAUCGCGAUUUUAGCUGGAUUGAUAUGGACGAUUUUGUUGAGCUUGAUUGGAUUCUACCGUCAGAACCAAACCCGGACACUAAAAUUCUACCGCUCGCAUACUCUCCACGUGUAACUUAUUUCCGUCAAACCGACGUCGGGGGUACGAUCGACGGGGACCCGGACCGCACAAGUCCUUUCGGAAACGAGCCUACACAUUUUUGUAUCAUGAGGCAAGAUGACGAUCCUAGGAGAGUACAGUCCCAGCUAAUUCAGUCUCGGCUAGACCAAUUAGAUUUUCAAAUCAAAGACAACAUAGCGAACGUAGCCGAUGCUGAAUUACGAAUGAUCAGAGAUCCGGACGUUCGGCCUGAAUAUGAAAGCUUGCAUAAGCACACCAGCGUUCUGCGGGAUAAACGGUCAUUCAUGGAGUCUAUGUUGCAUCAAAUGGCAUAUAAAAUUACAACCAGCGAGCAACAGAAAACGUCCCGUAACGGCGACCAAUCUGACAAUAGCUCUAGACGCGUUACUGAGACCAGAGACGCAGGGUCAACGGUUCCAUCAGGAGCCGACUUCGCCAGCGAUUUCAAGAAUAGAUUUGUUGUUCACAACAUGCAUUUGAAAUGGAACAAUUUAUUACGAAACAUUAUCCUUCGGUACAGCCAUCAAGUCAGCCAACGACGAGGUUUUGUUUAUUAUCUGUCUCGGCCAGCUGUGAAGUUCAUCCUCGACAUUGUAGAAGAACAAACGAAAGCGAAGCAGAGCAACAAGACCAAAGCACCUACUCCCGCUUCCAACACUCCACAAACCGAUAGAUCCAACGGCCAAAGUGAUGAGAUAUGUGAUGAUAUAGAAUACCGAAUUAAACAGAUUCUGAAAGAUGGUCGAAAAUAUGUCAAUGCCGAAAGAACUAAUACAUCCGAAGCCACCAUUAAUGCCAAUAUGGAAGAUAUCACGGGUAGUAUUGCCGAAGAAUUUGCCCCUCAAAAUAGCUUUCAUGUUCGCCUUAUUGCACCACAAAUCCAGCUUCAAAGCGACAAAAACAAGAAGCAUGUCAUCCUAGUAACGGCUAAAGGGAUGGAACUCAAAGUUGUUGAAGUCAUGGAGAAAGCUAGAUUAUCAGAUUCUGUUAGUGGUUUGGUGCAGCGCCGGUUCCUGCUUCGUAUGGAUAGCGCACAAUUCUUCGUCACGCAUCAAAAAUGGUUUUUGAGCCAGAUUCUCUCAAAAUACUCCGGAAAUAAGUAUGGUGCACCUUCCGGCUCUUCUUGGCCACCAUGGGUCCCGAUGGAAAUGAUGUUUGAUUUUCAGUCAGACCCAUUCGGCUUUAAGCGGAUCGUACAGAAAACAUCAGCUAUGUUGAGAUACGACAAAUUCAACACACUUCGAUUGAAGUACAAUGAUGAAGUCAACAAUGUCGAAAGUGGCACUCCAUCUGUAGACAAUACGGAAAGCAGGAUGGACAACCUCUGGGUAGAGUUCCCUCAAGCUCGAGCGCUAUGUAACUCUUCUCAGUACUACGCUAUGUACGUCAUAGUGCUUGAUCUGCUUCUAUACAGCGAGCCUUUAGAGAAGACCAGGAGUGAGCGGCUAGAAAAGAUUAUGCUAGCAUCAGACUUCAGCGAUCUCCGAGGGACGCCUGAAAUGGUGACUAAACUACAAGAACGUAUUCGAAACCUCGAGGAGAUCAAAAGCCGGUUCCAAAUCCACUCCAAACACUUGGAUAGAAAGGGUUGGGAAGAUCGUCUGGUAUUAGAACGAGACCUUGCAGCCAGCGAGGACGAGCUGUUCUUCGUGAUGAAGGCUAUAACGUCAUCCCAGAGGAAGUAUGAUAGCUCUUUGCAAAGCAACGCACUUCUCAAAUGGACUAUCUCUGCCAGAGAAAUCGUUUGGCAUCUUAUUCAGGAUAACCACGAACCUUUGGUUGAACUUCAGCUUAAGGAUGUCGAAUAUGAUCGAACAGACAAUUCAGAUGGUUCACACAUCAACCUAAUGCAGAUUGGCAGGGUGAUCGGCCUAAAUCUAAUGCCCAACGCAAUUUAUCCCGAAAUGAUUGGCCCGUAUUUCGAGGAUGAGAAAGGCCGCGCAGCCGAUAUGAAAGACACACAAAUGAUCCGAGUGUAUUUCCACAUGUUGGAAGCUAUUGCAGGUAUUCCUGUAAUGGAUCACUUUGAGGUGAAUCUAUUUCCCAUGAAGAUACAACUGGAACGUGAAGUAGGCAAGAAACUAUUCCAGUAUAUUUUCCCCGAAAUGCAGGUUGCGGAAGCUACCAAGGGCAGCGAUGUAUCCGACGCGCCAUACAUUGCGAGAAGCAGUGAUUCCAGUAACGCCUUGGACACUUUGGAUGAAUCGAUGUCAGGAUCUGGAAGAUACGGCUCUGUAGGCUCUGAUAUAGAGUCACCUUUCAAUACGCGAGCUGGCUCAUUAGAACUCCGUCUGCGUCCCACCCUGACUCUUGACUCGCGUGCGCCCCAUGACGAUGGGAGUUCUAAAGUCAAAGCCGUCAGCAUUCACUCUGGAGAGGGAACCCACAUGUUCCGUUUAUUCGGCACUAAGCCAGCUAGCAAAAAGCCGUCAUACGAGUCGCUACGGUCAGCUAAUAUGCCAAAACCUGGAAUUGGACGGUCUUCAACAGCACUAUCUAUUAGCAGUGAAAGUAAGAAGGGAGCACGCUUUGCACUUGCUCGAAAAAUGGGCAAUUCGGAAGUUGAACCAUCGGACGAUUUAUCCAAGAUGAUAACACGUGCCUCAAGUUAUAUGACUUUUGCUUACAUCAAGAUGCCCUCUGUCGUCUUAUGCCUCAGUUACAAAGACAAGGGCGAACGUAAUUUGAAGGACGUGCACGACUUUGUGUUCAGGCUUCCUACAAUCGAAUAUCGCAACAAGACAUGGUCAAAUCUAGAUUUAGCAAUGAAUCUAAAGAACCACGUUAUCAAGGCAUUGAUCUCCCACACUGGUGCUAUCAUCAGCAACAAGUUCAGUAAACACCGGCCUAAUACAGCCCAGCAGAACAAACUCCGCGAGUUAGCCACAAGCAGUGUUCUUCUUGUUACGCCAACGUUGUCCAACACUGCUGACAAUAGUGAUGAUUCGUCCAGCCUUAUUACCACCAGUCCUAUCGACUAUUCUCGCUCUCCGCCAAGGAGCCUUAGGGAUUCUCAAUCGAGCAGUUCUGCUCUUCAGCGCUCCAAUAGUAGAAGUUCUUCUGUUGCGUCGUCAAGCUCCUACAAUAGACAUGGCAUUGACUCCCGAAGUGGUGACACUCCGCCGGGCUACAACAACAAGAUGAUGGCGGGAAGUCGAGCAAUGACUGGCCUCGGGAUUGAUCUUGGGCGUCCAAAGUCGAGCAGUAGCAGUCAAUAUUUGGAGCCUGCAAGGCCAGCCACUAGCGGAAGCAACAUGAGCCACAAUCAAAGUCGACGGAAAUCCGCUGGCAGUGGAUUCCUCAGGGGCAAAAUCAAUGCCCUAGCCAACCGCAUCAAGGAUAGAGACGGGGGCGAUUCUAAAGAGCAUGAGCCCAGAGGCGAAUGA